UUUUCCUUUUUCUUGUAAGGCUGCAAAAUGCCCAUCAUACCUUAUCUUUUUACACAUCUUUCAACUACCUCUGCUCAAAGUAUCAAAAUUCAAUACACCUACAGAUAUGGCAUCCAAUUUUCUCAAACUUCAUCUUCAAACCUCUAAAACCCAGAUACCAUUCUCUCCCACGCACCCAAACUAUCAUUCCCAUCUCUCUUUCAUCAACCCAAAUGCCUCCUACAACCACAAGUUCCCCACUCUAACACUACAUGCAUCACUUAUUUCCCCUUCUACACCUCCCUCAUCCAGAGAAGAAGCCAUUCUCCAAGCCAAAACAUGCCUUUCCACCUGCUUGGAGAAGCCUCUCAACAAUCCCAAGCUAGUAGGCAAGCUCAAGAAGCUAAAACAACCCAGGUUUCAAGUUGAAAUCCCACUCGUUGAUGAUUCUCCAUCAUCUCUAGCUCAACUAGCUCUAGACAUCUUUAAAGAUAUGUCACUCAAAAGGAAAGGUUCUUUAGUUGAGAUUUUAGUUCUUUGGCCUGACGUUCGUUUAAAAGAAGCUGGAAUUCAAGCUUUUGAAUCAUCCUCCUCGUUGAGCCAUAUUGAACAUAUUGACUUACCUUCAGUUAGCAAAAAUAAUAGAAUUUUUAGUCCUUCAGAUGUAGCUGUCUUUUUGGCCCCUGAGCCAUCGCAGCUUGCUCUUAUCAAAGCAAUAGCUGACAGCUUGUAUCCAAAGCCAUUGGUGAUUUUCAAUCCUAAAUGGGGUUCUGAGGAAGAGAAUGACUUUGGUGAUUUGAAAGGAUUUGUAGGAUCUUUUGAAGUGAUCUAUUCAUUUAUGGGCUUAGAAGUCAGGGGUGUUUUGAGUAAAAGGAAAGGAAUGGUUUUCAAGUGUGUGACAGAUGGGGUUUUGAGUGGAGAGCAAUGGUCAGUCCUCGUUGAAGAAGAUGGUGAAUUGAAGGUAGUUUCAAGGUUCAAAUCAAGACCAGGCAUUGAGGAAGUUGAGAAUGUGUUGUAUAAUUUGAUGGCUAUUAAUUCUCCCAUUACAAAAUCUGCCAAGUUCUUGAGGGAUUUGGUCUCUAAUGUUACAGGAAAAAAGUAAGUUUAGUUGAAAAUUUUCCAAGUUUUACAGGGCUUAUCUAUUGAGCUUUCCCAUGAAUGAGUAGCUUGCUGUCUACUUACUACUACUAGUUUUAUUGAAUAUGUGCUUCUCUGAUUUUGAUUUUCUCAUAUACUUUUUCUACAUUCAUUGAGAUUAAUUAUUUCUUUUGUGUGUA